CGGCAGUCUGAUGGUGGAGCAGCGCUGCCCUCCCCCGAUGAGCCAGACACACACACCGCCGGUGACUCGUCACUCCGCGCUGGAAGAUGGCUGCGGCGGACCGGCCCCCUGUUAGGGAAGGGAUCCGGAUAGUUUUUCUGUGUGUGGGCUGGUACACGGUCAGCUCGGGGGGAAACAUCGUCAACAAAAUCAUCCUCAAUGGAUUCCCGUACCCGGUCACAGUCUCUCUGUUUCAUAUCAUCUCUAUCGUCGUUUUCCUCCCGCCGUUGCUGCGGGCAUGGGGAGUCCCCAAAACAGAACUGCCGAGCAGGUACUACCGGUGGUACAUUCUGCCUUUAGCUUUCGGAAAAUACUUUGCAUCUGUGUCGGCACACUUCAGCAUAUGGAAAGUACCUGUUUCAUAUGCGCACACCGUCAAAGCUACAAUGCCAAUAUGGGUUGUGCUGUUAUCAAGAAUUAUCAUGAGGGAGAAGCAAACCACAAAGGUGUACGUAUCGCUCAUCCCCAUCAUUGGAGGAGUGCUGCUGGCCACGGUGACUGAGCUGUCCUUUGAUGUUUCAGGACUAAUCAGCGCUCUGGCUGCGACGCUCUGCUUCUCUCUGCAGAACAUCUUCUCCAAAAAGGUGUUGCGCGACACAAGGGUCCACCACCUGAGGCUCCUCAACAUCCUGGGCUUUAAUGCUGUUAUCUUCAUGCUGCCCACCUGGGUUCUGGUGGAUCUGUCUGUGUUUCUUGUCAAUGGAGAUCUGUCGGACAUCUCAGGAUGGACAAGCACCUUCAUCCUCCUGCUCAUCAGCGGCUUCUGCAACUUCGCACAGAACGUCAUUGCCUUCAGCGUGCUGAACCUCGUCAGCCCACUCAGCUAUGCCGUUGCCAAUGCCACCAAGAGGAUCAUGGUCAUUAGCAUCUCGUUGCUAAUGCUGCGCAACCCAGUCACCCUUACAAAUGUCCUGGGUAUGAUGACGGCCAUAGUUGGCGUCUUCCUCUACAACAAGGCCAAGUAUGACGCUAACAAGGAGAAGAAGCUGCUGCCAAGCACCAAGCAGGACCUGAUGUCCUUUGACAACCCGGCGCUGGAAAAGAUCCAGGCCAAUGGGUCAGUGCCUUUCUCCCACGGCUCAGAGCAGCAGCAUAACUGGAACAACGUGCUGACCGACCACUUCCAGUACAGCCGGCAGGCCUACACGACGAACUACAACAGCAACCACCAGUACGUGGUGUAAAGGAGGAGUCUGUCUCCGCUCUGGGUGGCUGUCAUAGACAUUAACUGUGUGUAGCCGCCCCCCCCCCAGCAGCAGGACACAGCCCCGCUCCAAACACGAGACUGAAGGCAAGUGCUGUUUGUUCUGGAUAGGAAGAAUGAGAUGGCCAGUGACGUGACCUCUCCCACGCUCCCCCCUGUCUGAACUUCACUUUCUGACGGCUUCGCUGUAUCUCAUUUAUUUAUUUGUUUGGUACCGACUGUAUGGGAUGGUCUGAGAGGAAACUUAAAUCACCUGUUGUCAGAAAUUUUGGUGACGGAUUCAGCCAUGUUGUCCAGACACAGAAAUGUGCACAGCAGGUGGACACGUAAAAGGUAGUUCAUGAAUGAUUGCACCUUACUAUCUGGAAAUGUCUGUUUUUUUUUUUUUUUACAACCAGCCAUAAUUUGUUUUGGAUUAUAUUUGUUCACUUUCAUCGGAAAGAAUGUCAGCUGUAAUUAUUUAAUAUGAACGUUAACUUGCACCGAAACAGCAGUCAUCUUACAUUUUGUAACAAACGCAUCUCAGUGGAAGGCCUUAAAGGUAUACUAUACAGGAUUAUCCUACAAAACAAGACUCGUACAGAAGUAAUCCCUCUCAGUCCUCACUUAUGACCAAGUAGAGAGACUCCGACCUCUGCAUGUAUUUGUUUGGACUUAAUAAAAAGGAAGCUGUGAAAAUCCUGAACACAGUGCCUAAAAAAACAAAUAGAUCGAGACGAAACAUCAAGCAGACAAAGCUUGCUCCCAAAUAAGAGUGAAUCUGGGGCUGGCUUCCACUUUCCCUGGCAGUGUUUCCAAACAUUAACAGACAUUUCCUGCAUAGUAUACCUUUAACAUUUUGGUUUUAGGCAGAUCAUAUUUAGGAGUGACAUUUUUCUUCAUGAGGCACCUGUAAUGAUGUGAGGAGAAACAAUCUGAAUUGUUUUCCAAUUUCCAUUUGUCCACUAUCUUGGUUGAUAACUAAAUUCCUGCAGAUCUAAUUCCCAUCAGCCUUAGCUUUACUCGUGUUUGGUGCUAUGUUUAGUGCUAUAGUGUUAGCAUACUAGCAUGCUAUACAAACACAGUGGUGAUCGUCAGCAUGUUAGCAUGGUAACAGUUGUGUUCUGACUGCACUCACGAACAAUGUGGCUCAGAAUUACAAGUGCCUGAUGAAGAAAAUGCCCUCAUUUCAAAAUAAAGUUUUAAAAAAAGUCAGUUCAUUGUGUCUGCAACAAAGUGAUGCUUGUAAACUUGUUGGACACACAGGUCAGUAAAAUUCAGUCACACUUGUUGUCAGCAAGUGUUUGAACUGCCACUACCAUAGGCCGUUUCAACACAAACACACACACACAGCCUGUUUGUCUUUGAACUAAGGUAAACUUUCAGAGUGAGACUAGUUCUGUCACACAAAACAGUCAAUGACCUCCGUCAGAUCUGUCCUUUCCCCUAAGAUAACAAAUAAGUUUGUUUAUCAUGGAGCGUAAAUGUAAAAAGUAAAAAUUAGAUUUACCAAAACAAGGCAUCCUGUCAGUAUACGUACUGUAAGGAUGCCCAUGUUUCAUUGUUCUUAGGGAGUCUAACCAUGUUAAAUGUAAUAGAGAUGCUAAAAUUAUUUUGCUGUCAUAGUGUGAAGUUAAAGAAUCGAUUUAAAACGAUCCCUAGUUUUUUCUCAAUUGAUGAUGUUUGUAUUUAUUGAUCUGCAAAGCUUCUCAGGCAGAGAGAGAUCUUCUCUCCUGUCAGGCGUUUUUUUCAGCCUGAACCAAAGCUGCUCUGUCAUGUCUCUGUUUUUUAAACAGAGGCGCGGUUUGAGUUUGCACAUCAUGAAACAACUAUAUGUGUCAUGCAGAUUGUGACUGUCUGUCAGGUGACUUUAAAGUCCCGGUGUUUUAAUGUAAAGCGUUUCUGCAACAUUGCUGUCAGACGGUCACUGGACAGAUUCAAAAUGAGACAUGCAUGAAAUCACAGGUUUGGUUUGUGCAUUUAAAGAUUCAACUGUAACUUUAGCGGGAGAGAGGUUUGAUUGGCAUUACUGAUUACACUGUCUGCAACUAAUGAGUUAUUAAUGAAAAGCCUUUUUCUACUGCUUGAAGAACGAUUUGAUUUAGUAAAGAUCAGUCACUUGCUUUUCUCACUGCAGCAAUAUAAAGUUUUUACGUUCUUUUUGUUUUUUAGCGAUGCAAAUGUCUCCGCAUCUGAAAUCAACGUUGUGUUUCUGCUCAUAUAUUUUGUUGGAACAACGCACGUUCAUUGAAUUUUUGUAAAAGUGCCAGUUGUAGCCUGUGAGCUUGUUUUUUCAGCUGUAGUCCCCGGUAGAUGUGGAUAAGGGGAUAAUGUGGUUAUAUUCUUAUAAUAUGGCUUUUUUUAGUGUGCCGUGUUUGUCGUCUUUGACAAAUUUAAAACACUGUCACAGUAUUUCGUCUGGAGGAAAACCCCCAGAGAGUUCUGUGGGGUUGGUGUGCUUCCAGCAGACAAACUGAUAUCAAUAAUUGUCCUAUUUUUAUUUAUAGAGAGAACUAGCUCUUAGCGCUGAGAUAGAUUGUAGCCAGCAUAGUUUGUAGGAUCUUGGGAACAUGCAGCUGCUCUGUUUUUCUCCAGCGGGGAGGGAAAUCACCUCCGCCUGUUUUACAGUAAUUGACUAGAAAACACCUGAUAUCAUGAAGUGGAUUUCAACAGCCUGGGGAUUAUUACUACCUUAUUCAAAUGAUUUUUUUUUUUUUUUACUGCUGCUGUAGUUGUAUGUGUGUUUACUGUUGUACACUUUGAGGCCGUAAUUUGUGGUGUCGGACUGCGUUAGAUUAAGAAAUAUAAGCAGAAAUAUCAGAAACUUGUUAAAAUGUAACAAAGGGCACGAUGACGCCACAAACUGCCGCCUCAAAAAGGAUAAAGGAAUCAAAACCCUCUAAAUGUCAGCAUUGAUUAAAAUUAUACAUUUCAUAAAGUUAGCUUUUAUGUUUUGUUUUCAGUCAACCUCAAAACUUCAUCACCGACUUUUCCUAUAUUAAAAUUGAGUUACAUUGUAAUAUUAAAGAGUCACCCAUCUCUGCAGCUCUAUGAUUGUCUGGAUUUACAGCCACCAGAUCCUGUAUAGUUAAAUAUUAAUGUUCUCAUCAGCUCUCCGCAAGUAGCCGUUUAAAGCGCCUGAGAUAAACCACACGUGUUACCUUCCCAACAUCAAACGGCAGACAAAUUUACAGAGUGACUGCAGAACAAAGUGAAGCAUUUAACAGUUAAAACACCAGAUAUUUAAAAGAAGUCGGUGGAGACCAAAAUUGAGCUUAAAGAAGAGUGGGUACUAUUCGUCAGGCGGCCAGAAACAUUAAGAUGUUUAUUUCACUUUUAAGAUUUUAGUUUCUACUACUGCUAUGUGAAGGAGCAGAUGUCAAAAUAUACUGCUUUAUGAGCACCUGUCUCGAUAGAUUACUAAACACUAAGCAAUCAUGACUUGACUGUAAUUCAUUUAUAUGCACAGAACAGCUUUGUUCUUGAACUUUUGUCUCCACCAGGUGGAUCCUUGAUAACUUAGAAAGCUGAUAGUUGCCUCAUGUAAAUAUCAAAGUGAAAACCUGCUCUCUUAAAUCAUCGCAAAUGCUUUUAGAAACAAUCGAAAUUGGCUUGUUGUUGACAUAUUUUAAUACAGAUAACAUUUUAUGGCUAAAAUAAAAUGGACACUUCACCUGCAUAUCAGGUUGGUGCGAUAAAUCAGGUGAAUUGUGACAUAUCCUGCACCCCUGCAUGAUUAGAUAUGUGAAGAACAGGAAAAUCCGUCAUCCAUGUGAGGGGUGAGUAUAUUCUAGAAAUCAAAACUUAGCAACAGCUGAGAAAUGUGUUUACAUGUUAAACAGAAGUGACGACAAAACAAAAGUACUUGAUAAGAAACAACACAAUCCUUUUGAUAGUUUAAGAAUGUAAUACUCACAUGCAGCCUGCAGAGAAAUAACAGAUCACGUCACAUCUGAACCUCCUGUCUCACUGUCCACUGCCACAGCUACGUUUUUAGACUCUUUGAUUUCUCAUGUUGCCAAAAGCAGUUUGCAAUAAGUGUAAUCUUUUUAAUGCUGAUACACGACAAGAUGGAGGCCGUGUUUACAGGUGGGCAAGAUGUAAAAAUUCCUAAACUACAACAUGUUGUAGUUUAGGAAUUUCCCUCAUGAUUUUGUUUUCCUGUGUCAUGCUGGCUGUUUGUUUCUGCACAGUGAGCAAACUGGGAGAAAACUGUUAAUUUGGACGCUUUUAACUGGGACGUAAAUGUUAAUGAACGCAGAAAGGGGGGACUUAAUUUGUAAAACUUAUUAUUUUUAUUGCGUUUGAUGCAUCUCGAGGCAGACUUUUUACUUAAAUGAUGUUUAUAGAUUUUUAUUUAUGGUGUCAAGGUACAAAAAUGUGCUGCAGUGCACAGUCUUGUCUGCUUAUAUGUUUAGUAAAUGCUAUUUUUAAAUGUUGGGGAUUUUGGGGGUGGGGGAAUAAAUGCAUUAUGGGAU